AUGACCGUUCCGGUUAGGCAGGCGCGCAUUGUCGUAGUAGAGCCGCCAACCAAUAGCGGCGGUGCUGUCGGUGAGGUUCCUCAAGGGCAGAAAGUUAAAAACGAACAGCGACCCCCAGACAUGUUCGUUGCUUGCUUCGAGGCUGCUCUAAACGAAGAACUUCGGGAAAAAACAAUCUCGAACGAUCUCCGAUCAUGUUUUGAACAAAUAAGCUCACCUUAUGGCUUCAUCCGGAAUGAAGGAUUGCGUGGAGCACUGCAAUGGUUAUGCGACGUGUCAGUGGAGGCAGCAAGGGAAGGAGCAGCCUCCACAGAGUGUGGUGAUGGCAGUAGUGGGGCACAUGUGCCAUAUGAUGCCAUACGCUCCUCUGUUAUGAAGCGGAGCUCGGGGGAACUCCAUGGGCCUCAAACGAUAGGAAAGGCAAAACUAUGCCACAGUGACUCGUGGGACCGAGUGCAGAGGGCCUUGCGCGGGGCGCAUUACACAUCGUCUGUGUUCCUUCGUGUGCUUGUGCCGCGCGUAGAUGGUGGGCGGCCAUACUAUGGUCCCAGUGGGCCUGUUAACGUAGAGUUAUCGGAGGAGGAAGCGCUGACGUGGAACACGCUAAGCCAUGCGCGACAGUCUACUUCACUAAGUGCAUCCAGUCCCCAUGCAGUAGCUUCACCAAAUGCGUGCAAAAGAAAGCCUCUUGACGUCGCUCUGACGGAGGUGACGUACCAAGAGCAGGAACUUGCAUUGAGACUUCUACAGGGACUUAGCCUCACCAUUUAUGAUCAGCGCAGAAUGAUUGCAGAGGGGCGGUUAAUCCCAUUCGCAAUUGAGGUAUGGCAGUGUUGUCUGCAGCACGCAGGGGCACUCUUCACACGGCAACGUCGCCGUGCGGCGGUGAAAAAGGCCCAAACUGCCGAUGGGUUCACCGGUGCUGUUACUCUUAGCGAGUCGGUACCCAUGGCCCAAUCCACAACUGAUGAGGGGGGACCCGUGCGGUUGGAUCGGGGAUUAGAGAACGUUGUGAUUGCAUGCAUUGAUGCAGUGGAAGCGGUGUGUCACUACAAUCCACUUGCACUCACUCGCAUUGUGCAGCAGGGAGGUGUCCGCGCAUUGCUGGAUUUGGGCUUGUGCCCCUACGCCCCACGUGAUAUUCGUUGCUCCGUGUUCGAUACCAUCAGUGUGCUUAUGCAGGAGGUGGCUCCGUUCCGGUGCGCAGUGGCAGCUGGAGCGGCAGGAGCUGCAGCCCGUGGUGGAGCGCGGGGUGAUGAAGAUUCACUAAUCCAUACAAUGAUACAAAACGCCAUGAGUGGCAAUAACAUUAGCUGUCAGGAGGUACCACUUCCUUAUCUUAUGGACCGUGCCAGUGCAUCAAAGUUUGACUCGGCCGUGCGUGAGUGGUUUAGUCAAAAAGGAUUAAGCCACGUAGUGUCGGCUGUAAUGGAAUUGCGCAAUGUUCGUGGCACACCGAUAGUUGUGAAGUCGAAGAAGAAGGUCGAAGUGGCCCGUACUGUCCAGCGGAUGGAACAAAUUCAUGAGAAGCGCCUCCAUGCGUUGCUGGAGGCGGUGGAUGGCAAGCGUGCCGCGUUAUAA